AUGGGUGUUCUUGUCAAGCUCAUUGAUGCGUUACUCUUCCUCUUGCUCCUGGCGAUCGCUUUCACAACGCCAUUGAUUGAAGCGCAAGCAUGCCUCCCUCGCAAUCUCUACCCGGACAUUCUCGUGGACCUCAGGAAUUGGUACACUCGCGAGUCCGGCGACUAUCUCAUGACCGAAAUGCCUGAUUUCUACGUCGGGAUCAUGUGGGUUGAGCUUAUUUUCCAGUGGCCUCUCGUGUUAGUUAACCUUUAUGGUAUCUUGGCUGGCAAGCCUUGGUUCAACAUUACGUGCUUCAGCUAUGGAAUAUUUCUUUUCACUUCCAUGGUGCCAAUAUUUGCUGAAUUGACAUGGUCAGGAAGGGCACCUGAUAAGCUACUGACGGUGUACUAUUGUUUCUUGAGUUUGGGUGUUUUAGCCAUACUUCGUGGGCUGCUACCCAACUCAUCAACCACGCAUACUGCAACCAUUGGCAAGAGACCUGCUUCAGGCAGGAAGAAGAGAGUUUAAUCAAGAAAAAGAAACCCGACUCUCGCUCCAAUUUCAACCCGAAUUUUGUAAUCGUGAAUCGAUCUCAU